AUGGGAUGCUGUUGCUCUAAACGUUAUUUUGAAGAGGAAGCUGGAAGAAUAAAGUUCCGCUUUAUCGAUGGUAGACGAUAUCAUGAAAUUUCGGAAUCCGUGUACUUUGUUGCCAAUGAUGAACAAGAAGCUUAUCGUUUAAGUAGAUAUCAUGAAGUUGUAAAAGAAAUUUGGGGAGGAUUGUUUAACUCAUCUGUUGAAGAAAUGUUGAGACAAGGAGCUCGGGUUAUUGAUAUUGGAUGCGGAUCUGGAAUUUGGAUUUUGGAUAUGGCAAAACGAUAUCCCGAUUCAAAGUUUGUAGGAGUAGACAUAUCUCCAGUUCUGCCAACAGAAAAUCUUCCUCCAAAUGUGGAAUUUCUUCAGUAUAAUGUGUUGGAUAUAUUACCAUACGAAGACUCGUCUUUCGAUCUCGUUCAUGAAAAAUUUAUGGUUGGUGCUUUUACGCAAGUACAAUGGGAAGAGCAAGUUGUCCCAGAAAUGAUACGGUUAGCUCGACCAG